AGCAGCGCGAGCCAUCGGUUUACUUUCCCCUCGAAGUCAGCGACAGCCACAGUCAGUAGCACAAGGUGUUGGAUGUGUAUAGUUGAUUUUUGGGACGCUUUCUUUUUUACCUAGAGGACAGACUCUUGCGUACAAGGUUAUGAACUCUGUCAGGUGUAACUGCAGAUUCUUAACUGGAUUUGUCUCAACACGUUUAGCGUUUUGAGAACCUUUAACCAAAACGACAUCCGUUCCAACUCUUACUCUGUCAAGAUGUCUGGAGACCAAAGUAACACAGGAGAAGACCAUUGUAUUCCUGAAGACAACAGCUUGGUCUUCACUCUAGUUCCACCCUACAUCCUGGUCAUCAGCGUGCUUGGAAUCAUCUUUAAUGUGUUUGUGCUGAUGGUUUUCUGCCUCCACAAGAAGGCCUGCACUGUGGCUGAGAUAUACCUCAGCAACCUGGCUGGAGCUGACCUUGCUCUGGUGUGCUGGUUGCCCUUCUGGGCUGAAUAUACAAGAAAGGGAUUUGACUGGCCUUUCAGUGAAAGCCUGUGCAAAGUGACAUCAGCUGUUAUCUACAUGAAUGCGUUCUGUAGCAUUUACUUCCUUGUUAUGGUUAGCAUAGAUCGUUAUGUGGCACUGGUGCACCCGCUUUCCCAUGAGAGGAUACGCCGGCCGUUUUAUGCCAAACUGGGAUGUCUGUUUGUGUGGGGUCUUGGCUUGGUCUUUGCUCUCCCCAUAUUCAUCUACAGGAAGUUAGAAUUCAACUCUCAGUUAAAUCUUACUCACUGUUCACUUAACCUAACUUUUCCAGAGCAAUAUCUGGCAUCUGAGGUGACAACCAUAACAUUCAGCUUCAUCGUCCCUGUUAUCAUUAUUUUGUUCUGCACUGUCAAAAUUAUUCAAACUCUGAGAAAGAGGCUAAUGGAGGUUUUAAACAUUCAGAAAACGGAUCAGAAGGCUACCACUCUCAUCCUGGCAGUUCUCCUGGCAUUCCUGAUCUGCUGGGUGCCAUUCCACGUGACAAAGAUACUAGAUGUGCUCCAAAACACUGGCAUUCUGAAAUGUCACAUCACACUGACCAUCGUCCAACAGAUCUCUACGUACUUUGCCUUCUUCAACAGUGUCCUUAACCCCAUUCUCUACGUCUUAGUAGGGAAAACUUUCCAGAAACGAGCAAAGGAACUCUUCAUGUUGUGGAACAAGACUCAAACAGCAUCUUUCAGCCGACUGUCCACACGCCUGACAAGUUUUAAAUUGUGAUCAUAGCUCAAAGUGAUAUGCGGGACUGCGAUCUUUUGGAUGUGUGCUGUGAUGGUUUACCCAGUUAAAUGGACAAUUAUUUACUCAGGCAAGGAGAAAAAUGUUGUUUUUGUAAUCUGAAUGUUUGUUGUUUUUUGUUUAACAUUGUGCAUGCAUUACUUUUUCUUCAGAAAGGGAUAUUUAGCCAUAACAUGUUUAUUUCCUAGAGGUGAUACUGAAAGGCUGUCAGUCUGACUCUGCUUGGUGUAGUGAAGUCUGAGCGUUCUUUGACCGUUUCUCCAGUUGGAACAUAACUCCUGGUUUUGGCUAAGAGAAAGUAGCAUGCAGAAGACAGCUGGCAUGGAGGAAAGGCUAAAGAUAACAAGCAAGUCGUCUGAAAUGUGAUUCAUGCAACACUCCUGAAGUUAAAGAAUGAAAAUACACUGUUAGAAGAAAAGUCACAGUAGGACCUUUUUAUUGUCUUGGGCUUUGUUCCAUGUUUCGUCAGACUCUGACAGAGGAGUGAAUAACAGGAGACAUUACCUCAUACCUCAAACAAGUUUUGUUUUACCAACCGUCCAUGAACCCGUAUUUGUUUAGAUGUCACAUUUUGAAAAAUAUAAUUAUAAAACUAUAAUUGCAAAUAAUUACAUUUAAGGCCAUAUUUGAGCUUUCGUUUGUGCUAAAUUUCAAUGAAGUUAAAAUUCAAUGGCAAGUAAGGGUGUGGUUGUUCUUCAAAACCAGUGAUCCAGUAUAGCUUUCUCUUGACAUCCUGUUGACAUUUGUAGCAUGACAGGAUAUGAGGCUCAAAUUUCAAAUGUGUCAUUCUACUGCUCAUCCUCUAAUUGAUAUCGAUUAGACACAAUUUCAGAUUUAAUGCCAUAAUAACCCUGCUUCAUAAUUGAAUAGCAUUCCCACCUUUAUUUUAUAUUGCACAUGUGAUAAACACAAGCUGAGAUAAUGAAACAAAUAUGCAAAAGAGACGGCAACAGUUUAACAGUGUUUAUACUAUUAACAUAAUAUUUGCAUGGUUAGAUUUUCCACUUCACUUGUGGGCAUGGUUAUGUAGUUGGAGUGCUCUGUGCUGUGGCAUGAUGCAGAUUUACUGCUACCAACUUGGAGUGUUUCAGUGAUGAACUUAAAGUUCAAAGAGGGAUUUUUUUUCUUUGCAUUAUAUUAAAGUAUUGUUUUUCUAUUCCCAUUGCAUCAAAAAGAAACUCUGCGUGUAUAUAUGUAAGGGUUUUAACCUCCUAAGACCUGAACUCUUUCAUGGCAUGCAUUUUUAAUUUCUCUUUGGGCUGAUUGGGACCUGAUGAUUGUAAAACAAAACAAAACAAAGAAUUAUGUGAUUUUUUUUUACCUGAUUUUCAUUUCUAAGAAAAAUGAGAUCCACAUAUGAGGACAUUCGCUUUAAAUUUUGAUAGAACAGUAGCAAUAUGUACUCGCAAGUGGAUAUUGGGCCCUUGUAGAGAAAAAAAACGUAGUAUUGUGGUCUAGACAACCCUAAAAUGUGAUGUCCACAUAUGUGGACGCCAGGUCCUAGGAGCUUAAAUUUACAGUUUAAAUACAAUUAACAAUGCUUUAAGUAGUUUAUUUACGGUUUAAAAUCACAGAUCACUGCUGGACACUGAAAUGCAUACCUCUUUUUCACAGCACUUUUAAUGUAACACUCAAUAUUAAUCACUUGUAGACAAUAAAUUAAUAAAACGUUCCAGACUUUUGUCCCCUGUGGUGUGGUUCUUUGUUACUUUUAAUGCUUCUUUAAGCUGUCCAUCACGAGUCUUACACUUUUUAAAAACAAGUCUGUAUCCUCUAUACUUCAGGUUCAGUGAGCUGCUAAAAGUAGCUGUUCUCAAUCUGUGGCAUGAGCCCCCCCUGGUGGGCCAGUGACCCACUACAAGUGAGGAUGUGGACAAAAAGUAUGGAAUUAAAGCUUGAAUAGGAAAAAUUAACAUUUUGCAGAUUUAUAAGCGGUCUGCAGUUACUUUAUAUCUGUGCAAUGUCAAAUUCUAUUAGAAACCACCAAAACAUUUUAAAUAAAAUGCACUUCCUAAAUUUUACAACAGUUAAAUGUCUGUGUUGCACUACAUGGGACAUUUAGAGCAGAUCUGGCCACAAAUCAGAGAUGGCAUGAGUUUUAUACACUGGAUAGCAGCAACUCCAACAAGCCUUUAUUUGGUAAGCAGGAACCAGCUCUCUAUGCAAGAUAUGUGGUUAGUGGGCUGUCUAUGCCUGCUUUGUCUCAAGAGUGCACAUUGCAAUAUCCAGAGGUGGGAAGUAACGAAGAACAAAAUAUUUUGUUACUGCACUUAAAAUUUUCAGGAGGCUGUACUUCACUUGAG